AUGCCAGAUUUGGAACGGCCCGUGCAAGCCGUUAGCCGGGCCGUUGCCAAUCUUGUUAAAGUCGGUAAAGAAACAAUCAAUAGUUCCGAUGAUGCCAUCCUUAAACAAGAUAUGCCAGCCUCUUUGCAAAGAGUCGAAGGAGCUAGCAGAUUGUUGGAAGAAGCAUCGGCAAUGCUUAAAGUCGAUCCAUAUUCGAGUCCCGCAAGGAAAAAAUUAAUCGAAGGUUCGAGAGGUAUUCUUCAAGGAACGUCCUCGUUGCUUUUGUGCUUUGACGAAUCCGAAGUUAGGAAAAUCAUACGGGAAUGUAAAAAAGUAUUAGAUUACCUUGCCGUUGCCGAAGUCAUGGAAACCAUGGAGGAUUUGGUACAAUUUUUAAAAGAUUUAAGUCCGUGUUUAAGUAAGGUUUCGAGAGAAGUUGGAGCCAGAGAAAAAGAAUUGACACAUCAGGUUCAUCGAGAAAUAUUAAUUCGUUGUCUGGAACAAGUGAAGACAUUAACUCCCAUUUUAAUAUGUGGAAUGAAAAUAUACAUACAUAUUGUUUCCCAAGGAGGGAAAGGAGCCGACGAAGCAGCAGAAAACAGAAAUUACUUGGCACAAAGAAUGACUGAUGAGAUAAACGAAAUAAUCCGCGUUUUGCAAUUAACCACCUACGAUGAAGAUGAAUGGGAUGCUGAUAAUCUUACCGUAAUGAAAAAGUGUCAAAAUGCCAUACAAGGGAAAAUGAGAGGAGCACACGAUUGGUUGGAGGAUCCCUUGGCUUUAAGGGGAGGAGUCGGUGAAAAAUCCGUGAGACAAAUAUUGGAUCACGCUACAAAAGUGGCUGAAAGAUCACUUCCUCAAGAUAGAGAUAGCAUAUUGAAAAUGGUCGAUGACAUAACUACCAUGACAGACGCACUGUGCGAAUUGCGACAAGAUGGGAAAGGAGCCACUCCACAGGCCGAAGGUUUAUCAAGAAAUAUUCAAGAUCGUUUGGGUGAUUUGUGUCAGAGAGUUGCCAGAGCUGUGCAAAAUGUCGACAAGAGUGGAAUUCAACAGCCUGCUCACACGGUUGCUGGUAGAUUGGAACAAGCGAGAAGAUGGUUAAGCAAUCCUGAACGGGAUGACCGAGGAUUGGGUCAACGUGCCAUCUCCCUGAUUGUCGACGAAGGGAAAAAGGUUGCUGAAGGUUUGCCGGGCGUUCAAAAAGCGGAAAUAUUAGGUUUAUGUGACGAAGUUGAUAUACUUUCGAGGCAGCUGAGCGAUUUAUGUCGCAAAGGAAUGGGUGAUACUCCUCAAGCUCACAGUGUCGCCAGAGCACUGUCACAAAAAUUGCACGAAUUGAAGAACUGCAUACAAAACGCUGUGGUAAAUCGCGUGGUUGAAGAUUUCAUCGACAUUGCAUCCCCCCUUAAACAAUUUACCGAAGCAGUUUUGGCACCGGAGGGAACUCCGCACAGAGAACAAAACUUUGCGGAUAAAGCUCUUAACCUCGAGCAGUUUUCCAACCGUGCAGCUAAAACGGCAAGAAUGGUCGCUGCCGGUGGUAGCGGAGGAAAUAAAAAAUUGACGGAAGCUCUUCUCACAUCGUCAAAUCAGGUGGAAAGUUUAACUCCUCAAUUGAUAAACGCCGGAAGAAUCAGAAUGGCUUACCCGGAAUCAAAAGCUGCACACGAGCAUUUUGAAAAUUUGAGAGCUCAGUAUGCGGAUUCGGUUCAGAGAAUGAGAACCCUUUGCGACACGACCAUAGACCCGUGCGAAUUCAUAAAAGCUUCCGAAGAGCAAAUGCAAAAGCACACGAUUCUUUGCGAGGAUGCCAUAAGAAAGAAUCAACCGCAAAAAAUGGUCGAUAAUACGAGUGCCAUAGCCAGAUUGGCCAACAGAGUUUUGAUGAUUGCGAAACAGGAAGCAGACAAUUCCGAGGAUCCUAAUUUUAUUACUAGAGUCAACAGGGCUUCCGAUCAAGUUUUAUCGAAUCUUACUCCGAUGGUACAGGAUGCGAAAUGCGUUGCUGCUGAUCCUACCGACUACAAUGCUGCUGCUCGUUGGCGGGAAUCUAACAAGGCUUUAUUAAAUGCCGUCGGGGAUGUCAGAUGGGCUGUUACGGCAACUCCAGAUUUACCACCGCCUCCAGACAUGAACAGUCUCAACUUGAACGUUGGGCUUAGCAUAAAAGAAUCACAGCUUCCGAGAGUCUAUGACGAUUACGAUUAUUACGACAGAGGUGACCAUUUGCAAGAAUGGUACGAUAGCGAUACAGAUCAACCACCGCCGAGACCACCACUUCCCGGAGAGUAUCCUGGUGAUUAUCCACCCCCGAGACCGCCGCCCCCAGAAACGGAUGACGAAGAUGACAUGUUUAGACAAGCUCCGCAACCCAAUCAACCCAUAAUGAUUGCGGCUCACGGUUUACAUCAAGAAGUCAAACAGUGGUCGUCGAAGGACAACGAAAUAAUCGCGGCCGCUAAAAAAAUGGCUUUACUCAUGGGUAAACUCUCUCAACUCGUUAGGGGGGAAGGAGGAACGAAAAGGGAUUUGAUAGCAACGGCAAAGGCCAUAGCAGAAGCAUCCGAAGAAGUGACGAGACUCGCGAAAGAAUUGGCACGAGAAUGCACGGAUAAACGUAUGAGAACGAAUUUAUUGCAAGUUUGCGAACGCAUACCGACAAUCGGAACUCAAUUGAAAAUUUUAUCGACGGUAAAAGCGACGAUGCUCGGAGCUCAAGGCACGGCAGAAGAUCAAGAAGCAACGGAUAUGCUCGUUGGAAACGCACAAAAUCUCAUGCAAUCCGUUAAGGAAACCGUACGUGCCGCCGAAGCGGCUUCCAUCAAAAUCCGUACGGAUGCUGGAGUCAGGUACAGAUGGGUUAGAUCUCAACCGUGGUAUCAGUAA